AUGGCAGACUUCCUCCGGAACCCCAGGGUUCUCGAAGCCGAUAUUAUUGCGAUUCAGGAGCCGUGGGAGAACCCGUACACCGAAACGACACAUCAACCGGCGAAGCAGACCCAUGAACUGGUCUAUCCAAAGUCAAACGAAUGUCAGGGAGAGAGAACCCGCGUCUGCAUGCUAAUCUCGAAGCGAAUGGGCCAGUGGACGCACCAUGCGUAUGGGAGAGAUGCUCAGGAGGUGAGAAUUGCACAACAGGGCGAGCAGGGAGAGCUUGGGAUCUUCAAUAUAUAUAACCCCGUGGGUUGUAUCGAUACGAUCAUGAAGCUCGAGGAUCUUUUCGGCCGAAAUAUAAAGUCCAGUAUUGUUAUAGGUGAUUUCAAUCUCCACCAUCCAGCUUGGGGUGGAGAUAGCGCCGUCCAGGACACUCAUGCGGAUGCUCUCAUUGAACUGACCGACUCGGCGGAUCUGGAUCUCUGGCUGGCCCCCGGCACUAUUACCCGCGACGAGGCGGGGCAUAAGACUACCAUAGACCUCGUCUUUGGAUCUCACGACUUGUCUGAACGCUUCCUCACAUCGGAGAUCGCUCACGAGUGCCACUCACAUUCCGACCACUUGCCAAUACGUACGAUACUCGACAUUCAGACCUCUGCUCCUGCCAGAGCACCUAAACGGCGCAACUGGAAGGCCAUGGAAACAGAGAAAUUCGACAAAUUCGUGGCCGCGAACCUCCAGCAAAUGCCACUGCUUCAAAAUCUCAACACGCCACAACAAAUCGAUACGGCAGUCGACCAUCUCAUUGAGAUCAUCAACCGGGCCGUUGAGGAGUCCACACCAUGGGCCAGACCUAGUCAAUACGCCAACCCGGCAUUCACUAGCGAAUGCCGACAGGCAGUGAAAGAGACCCGGCGUCUAUUUAGACGCUAUACGGCUACGCAUAGCGAGGAAGAUUGGGAGAUCUACAAGUCAGCAAGAAACGAGAAAGGAAGGGUUAUAAAGAAAGCACUUAGAACUGGAUUCCGUGAAUUCGUCAAGGAGGCUAUUGACCGAGGACCCCAGGGUCUCUGGCGGAUGUCUAAAUGGGCGAGGAAUCGAGGCCAAGAACAAAGCAGUAUAAUGCCUCCGCUAAAGACGGCGGACGGCAUUGCUGAGUCGACGGAUGAGAAGGUCCAGGCACUGCGUGAGGCCUUCUUUCCUACACCUCCCGAUGCUGAUCUCUCAGACAUCACCAACUCAACGAAACCCCCGAUUCCGUUUCCUCUUAUUUCGAAGCAAGAACUCACCGACGCAAUACGGCGUGCACCUCCAAACAAAGCUCCCGGAGCUGACGGCAUUCACAAUAAAGUGUGGAUACUGGCAGGCGAAUCAACCUCACGGCGCGUCUUCUUCUCCACAAUCCUCGACAUCUUCAAUGCUUGCUUACGCAUUGGCCGUAACCCCCGGCAUUUUCAGACCUCGAUCACAGUGACGCUGAGAAAGGCUGGACCUAGAGACUACCGCCUACCCAAGGCGUAUCGGCCCGUGGCCUUGCUCAAUACGCUAGGCAAGGUUCUUGAAGCAAUAAUUGCUACUCGAAUCGCCUGGGCCGUUGAAGAGUAUCGGCUGCUGCCUGACACUCACCUUGGUGGAAGGAAAGGCAUCUCUGUGGACCAUGCUAUCCAGUUGAUCCUCGAUCGGGUCCACACAGCCUGGGGCCAUGGCCAAGGUCAGAAAGCAAGUAUGCUGCUCCUCGAUGUCGCUGGCGCCUACGACAACGUGUCACAUGAAAGAUUCCUUCAUAACAUGCAUCAAAUGGGGCUUGAAGAGCUAGUACCAUGGGUGCAAGCUUUUCUAACGGGUAGACAUACACGGAUCCGCCUACCCGGCCACCUCAGCGACGCGUUUCCUACCCCGACAGGUAUCCCGCAAGGCUCUCCUAUCUCACCGAUCCUCUUUCUUCUGUUCAAUGUGCCCCUGGUUAAGAACUUCUCUCUAAUCACUGGCUACGGCCGUACCGAGGCGUUUGGCUGGGUGGAUGAUGUCUGCAUCCUAGCUGUCUCAAAUAGCUACGAAGAAAACGUUUGGCUUAUUGAGAAAGCUCUCCAGAGAGCUGAUCAGUGGGCCAAGCGUCAUGCAGCAAGGUUUGCACCCGACAAGUUCGAGCUAAUCCACUACAACAACCCACGUAUCGCCAUAAAGCAUUUCCAAACGAUCUCUCCGAGUCCUUCCUCCGAAUACGAUGUCUGGGCCGUCCCCGAUGACCCCUGUGGUCAUGACCAAAUCCUGGAAGCUCUUCGGGGCAUUUCAGGGUCUACGUGGGGUGCAUCCUUGAUGUCCAUGCGUAAGCUCUACCAGGCUGUCAUUGUGCCACAAGCCCUAUGGGGUAUCUCUGCCUGGUAUUGCCCUGCUGCGCGCAAGAUACCUGCCUGGGAAAUGGCUCGGCUGGUCAAUGAGCUAGUGAAAUUGCAAAAACGUGCGGCUGUUUUGAUCAGUGGCGCAUUUAAAAGCAUUUUCACGGCUGCGUUGGACAUCGAGCUUUUCCUACUUCCGAUGAAGCUGCGCCUACAACAAAGCAUCGAAGAAUGCGCCAUUCGCAUCCUUACUGGACCUCAGUGGGCCUGUCCCCGAUCGGCAAGAAUGGCUAGGAAGCCGAUCGAGCGGCGUAUUGGAGGAUGGACACCUCUGGAAGCAUUGGUUUGGAAGAAGGGACCGAUCAAAUUGGACUGUGCGGAGAAAUGGGAAUCUAAGAUUGCAUUUGUACUGCCACCCUGGGAGAGACGAAUCUCAUGCUUCAUUGAACCCUCGGAAGCUGCAUUGGCAACCUAUGACUCUCUGUAUAAGAGGACCCAAAAAGGAGGUGAGACCUCCUUGGCAUACACCGACGGCAGUGGCUUCGAGGGCCACAUUGGUGCGGCUGCCGUCAACCUCCGCGAUGCGGUAUUCGACCGCAGGCAUCUCGGCACGGAGAGCCAGUCUACGGUAUCCGCUGCCGAGCUCAGCGGCAUCGAGAUGGCAUUGGACAGGGCCAUCAGCGACAACAAGGCCAACAUGGUUAACGGAACACAAUGGGAGAAGGUGAUCAUUCUCUCCGACAGCCAGGCCGCUGUCCAGGCGGUCCAGAACCCACAGCGACCGUCGGGUCAGUACGUGCUCCGACUGAUAUACGAUCACGUACGGACCCUUCGAUCCAAAUACUCGACAUUUGUUACCCUCCGUGGGAUCCCCGCUCAUGUUGGGGUGCCUGGCAAUGAGGCUGCCGAUGGUAGUGCGAAAUGCGCGGCCCUCGAAUUCGCGGGAGGUGCGAUCGGCGGAGCGGACAAACCCACCAUCCGACUCGCCGCCGCGGCGAAACGGAUGGUCCGAGAACGUAUCCAGGACCGUUGGAACAUCGUCUCUAACCCGCUAGCAACCCGAUACGUUGCCAAAUUCAUGCACCAAACCGGUCUUCUUGCUCAGUUUCAACACGCUGAUCAAGAAGAGUCCGAUGAUGAAGCUGAAGACCUGAACCCAGAGGUCAUGGAGCAGAGUCCCGAAGACGCUGGGCACUCACCAACGCUUGCCAACACCGUCGAGGGUGGAGAGAACCUCGAUGAGCUAUUCGAAUACACGUUGCCUGUAUGGGCAAUGAAUAACAGAACACCCAAUUGA